AUGGCUAGACAAGAACAGGGUUCCGACGGCGUCCGCCGCCGUGUCGUCCUAUUUCCGCUGCCGUUUGAGGGCCACAUCAGCCCCAUGCUCCAGCUGGCUGAGCUCCUCCACGCUCGUGGUGGCUUGGCCGUCACCGUCCUCCACACCGACUUCAACGCACCCGACCCAGCGCGCCACCCGGAGUUGGCCUUCGUCCCCAUCCACGAGACGCUCCCCGACGGGGACGCCACCCCAGGGGGCGGGACCGACAUCGUCGCCCAGCUCCUGGCUCUGAACGGCGCUUGCGAGCGGCCGUUCCGCGAGGCACUCGCGUCUCUGCUGCUGGGUCAACGACCACCGGACGUCGCUUGCGUGGUGGUCGACGGGCAGUGGUACACGGCGCUGGGCGCCGCCAGCGGGCUUGGCGUGCCCGUGCUCGCGCUUCGGACGGACAGCGCCGCCAUGUUUCGAAGCAUGCUGGCGUUCCAGCGGCUCCGCGACGCCGGCUACAUCCCAGUCAAAGACGAGCGACUGGAUGAGCUGGUGGAAGAGCUGGAGCCGCUCCGCGUGCGAGAUCUCAUCCGCGUGGACGGCAGCGACACCGAUGCGCUGUGCGGCUUCAUCGCGCGCGUCGCCGACGCCAUGCGAGCAUCGGCAUCCGGGGUCGUUCUCAACACGUUCGAUGCCAUCGAAGCGCUGGAGCUAACCAAGAUCCAGGACGAGCUGUCCUGUCCUGCCUUCGCCGUGGGCCCGCUGCACAGGAUGUGCCCUGCGCCGGCGGAGCACAGCCUGCACAGGCCGGACCGCAGCUGCCUGGCAUGGCUGGACGCGCACCCGCCGCGCUCCGUGCUGUACGUGAGCCUGGGAAGCGUGGCCAGCGUCGACCCUGGCGUGUUCGAGGAGAUGGCGUGGGGGCUGGCCAGUAGCGGCGUGCCGUUCCUGUGGGUCGUCAGGCCCGGUUCCGUCCAUGGCAUUGGCACCGAAACGACGCCGCGGAUGCCGGACGGGAUCGACGACGAGGUGAGGACCAGAGGGAAGGUCGUGGCAUGGGCGCCACAAAGGGAGGUCCUGGACCAUGAGGCCAUCGGCGCGUUCUGGACGCACUGCGGCUGGAACUCGACGCUGGAGAGCAUAUGCGCAGGCGUGCCGGUGCUGGCGCAGCCGUGCUUUGCGGACCAGACGGUGAACGCGAGGUACUUGACGCACCAAUGGGGGGUUGGGCUUGAGUUGGGGGAUGUGAUCGACAGGGCGAGGGUUGCCAAAACGGCGAGGAUGAUGAUGACCGGGAAGGAAGGGGAUCAGGUGAGGGAGAGGGCGCGUCAACUGAAACUGCAAACUGAUCAGUGUGUUGCGAGUAGUUUGGCCAUUGAAAAUCUGGCGCGCUACAUGCUAUCACUAUGA